AUGUCUCGGUUCAAGAUCGACAAAAAGCAGCGUCUGGUUGCCACAAUCGCAAUAUCCGGCGGCUUCUUCAUCGCAGAGCUGGUCGUCGGAUACCGCACAAAGUCCCUUGCUCUCAUAGCAGAUGCCUUUCACUAUAUGAACGACCUAAUAGGGUUCGCGGUUGCCUUGAUAGCAGUCUCAGAGAGGAUAUCCCCUCCACCCAAAUCCCUCACCUUUGGCUGGAAACGUGCCCAAAUCCUAGGAGCCUUCUUCAACGGCGUAUUCCUACUCGCAUUGGGCGUCAGCAUCCUCCUUCAAGCCAUUGAGAGAUUCACACAGCUUCCGCCUGUUGAAGAUCCAGUGUUGGUUCUAAUCAUGGGCUGCAUCGGCCUCGCGCUCAACGUCAUGGUCCUAAGUUUCCUCCACGAAAGACACCCCGACGAAGAAUCCAGAGAACCUCCCUCACAAUCACCACCGCCUCCAUCCAAUCCAAACACAUCAUCAAACCCAGGAUCCAAGCCAUCUAUACCAUCCGCCAAGCACCCCCGCGACCUCAACAUGCUAGGCGCCCUCCUCCACGUCCUAACAGAUGCCCUAAACAACCUCUCCGUCAUCAUCGCCGCCCUCAUCAUCUGGAAAUCCCCUUCCAACGCCCGCUUCUACGCCGACCCAGGCGUCGGCGUCUUCAUCGCCCUGGCAAUCAUGCUCUCCGCCUGGCCUCUCUGCCGGCGCGCAGGGAUGGUCUUGAUGGAGAGCGCGCCCGCGGGCGUUGAUGUUGAAUUUGUUCAGGGGGAGAUGCUAAAGGUCCCUGGCGUCCAAGAGGUGACAGACCUGCUUGUAUGGCAACUAGACCAGACAACAACUCUCGCGACUGCACACAUAACCAUCACGGAAGACAGUAUCGGGAACUUCGCGUCUACAGCCGACGCUAUCGUCGCGAGGUUACAACAAUACGGCAUUCGCUCCGUCGCGCUGCAACCUACCACUACACAGCAACGGCCGCAUCAAGAGGUUCAGGAAGGACUAAAAGUUGCUUGA